AUGCGCUGCUCCCGUUUGGUGCUUGGGCAACUUGGCCUGAUAACGCUAGUACUCGGGCAAGGUGGUCUGGUAGUGAACCCCAAGAGCGCCGAUGAUAACGAAGCAGGAGCACAUGCACGAUCCAUAACCAUUGACUUGUCAGAUUUGGUGAACAACAGGGCUUUCGCUGCUUCGCCUGGUGACGCAGACUUCGAUGGAGUGCACAGCGGCUACCCUGCCGAAUACAUACCUCAGGCCAAUUUCACCUAUGCUGGAACGAACUACGACUUCCCACAAUAUCGCGAGACUGGUAACGAUAAUGUACUAGCGCAAGGCCAAGUCAUCACUCCUCCUGCGGGCAAGUACUUCAGCAUUCACAUGCUUGCAGCGGCCGAAACAGCAAUUGCAACAGGCAACAUUACUACCACGUAUGCCGACAACUCCACAACAGUGGCACCGAUACUCGUUGAUCCGUUCUGGGCGUGGCCAUAUCCUUAUGGAGGUGAUAUCAUCUUUCCUUACUAUCUGACGAAUGAGAGCAUUGAUUACAAUCGUUCCAUGAUAUUUCAAACCAUAAGCUGGGUCGAUAGUACAAAGGAAAUCGCCAGUAUCAAAUUCCCAAAUGUUACUGCCGGAUCGAGUAGCUCUCCAGGAGGUGCAGCUGAAGAGACACGACUACACAUAUUCGCUAUGUCUCUUGUCCCAGCUGAGGGCACGGGAAUCAACGUGGACAUACAGCAUGCACGAUCUACCAGCAUGUGGAUGGAAGGCACGAACAAGACUCAGAUCUUUUCCGUAAAGGUCAACAACAUUGGCGACGAAUGGAUCAUGGCCGAGAAUGGGGUGCAGGUAAUAAUAGAAGGAUCUAGAAUAGAGACCGCUGUACCUGGCGUGAUCAAUCGCCUUCGGCCAGGUGAUCAAGCAACUGUCAACAUUGGUGUUGUUAAUCAGGAUGGCACUGCACCUGGUACACCCGGCCAAGCCACCGUGCGUGUUACUGGGACAGGAGUGAGUGCGAGCUCAACCUUCAACGCGACAUUCGGCAUCGGCCCAUAUGAGGCGACCUACGAAAGCAUCUACUCGCACGAGAGUCCUUCGUGGUUUAACAACGGAAAGUAUGGCAUUUUCUUGCACUGGGGUGUAUACUCCGUGCCAGGAUGGGGCAACGUUGGUGACAAAGAGCAAUACGCGGAAUGGUAUUGGUGGUACAUGAAUCAAGGCAAGAACCAGACUAAGGGCGAGUUUUGGGAGUAUAAUCUUGCCACAUAUGGUCCCGAUCACAACUACGAUGACUUCAUCCCCCAAUUCACAGCCGAUGCCUAUGACCCUAAGGAGUGGGUCGAUCUGUUCGCUGAUGCUGGAGCGCAAUAUUUCGUGCAAGUCAGCAAGCAUCACGAAGGGUACGCGAUUUUCGAUAUUCCGUCUAGCAUCACCAAUCGCACGAGCGUUGCUCUGCCUCCCCACAAGAAUCUUCUUCAGAUGCUCUUUGAUGCUGCAGAACAGUAUCAGCCCCAUCUUCACAAAGCUACAUACUUCUCCACCCCAGAGUGGUUCCAUCCGGAUUACAAGGAGUAUGGCUUUGGCUCGUGGCCAGGCGGUAAUGCAACAAAUCCUUAUACGAAUGAGACAUUGCCGUACACUGGCUACGUCCCGAUCAGCGACUUCAUCACAGACCUCAUGGUGCCAGAAAUGCAGAUUCUCGCCGAUAUGGGCACCGAGAUAAUGUGGUGCGACAUUGGAGGUCCAAAUAUGACAGCAGAAUGGGCUGCUAAAUACUUCAAUGACAACGCCGCCAAAGGCCGCGAAGUCUCCAUCAACGCCCGCUGCGGUCUCCCAGGCGACUUCGACACGCCCGAGUACGCCAAAUAUGAUGCCGUUCAAAUGCGCAAAUGGGAAAGCAACCUAGGCAUGGAUCCUUACAGCUACGGCUACAACCGCGCCACACCCAUCGAAGCCUACAUGAAACCCGAUGUGAUCGUGACCUCUCUCAUCGACAUCGUCAGCAAGAAUGGUAAUUUCCUCCUCGAUAUUGGUCCCAUGGCCAACGGCACGAUUCUUCAAGUCGAGCAGGAUAAUCUUCGCGCAGCCGGGAGAUGGAUCAAGUCUCAUGGCGAGGCGAUUUUCAAUACGACAUAUUGGUUCAUUACACCGCAGGAAGGUGAAACGAUUCGAUUCACGCAGACUCCGGAGGCAUUUUAUAUUUUGACGUUGUAUCCGCCGAAUGCGACGCUUGUGUUGGACAGUCCGGUGCCAUAUGUGGAAGGGGAUGAGAUUCGGGUUGUAGGCGGGAACAUGAGUGGAAGCGUCGUGCCUUCGCGGCUGUUGGCCAACGGAAGUUUGGAGUUGAGUAUUAGCGAGGAGGUGAGAAAUGCCGAUAUGUAUAGUUGGGUGUUCAAGAUCGCGUUGGACGGAGAGAAUGGCACUGCGAAUGGAACAUCAGGUGGUGGAUCUUUGCCUGCGCAGCAGACUGGCGGAGUGGGCCAUGUGAGUCCAAGAUGGGCGAACAUCCCGGGCGUGGUAUUGCUUGCAGCCACAUUUGGUGUGCUGUAA